AUGAAAAAAUAGAAAUAAAUCUAAACUUUAUUCAAGUAUUUUCAAUCUGAUGAAUAUGAAAUGGAAUAAGAGAAAAAGCCAAUAGAGAUCAUAUCAUACAUUAAAAUGAAUGAAGAAUUUCCUAUUUUCGAAUUAAUAUUAGAAAACUGUCCUACUUUUGUAUUAGAUGCUUAGACUUCUUUGUAAUUGGAGAAAUUGUAAUAAUUAAUUUACUUGGGAAUAAAUGGAUGUUAAAUAAAAUCUUUAAUUCAUUUACCUUUGAUAGAUAGUUUAAAAAGAUUAACUUUGGACAAUAAUUAUUUAAAAGGAGAAUAAUUAAAAUGUAUAGGAUAUUACAAAGAUAAAUUGAUAUCACUAUCCUUGAUUAAUAACUAACUAAAAAUAUAUCCAGGAUCUCUUUCAAUAUAACAUCUCUAAUAGAUGUCAGCUUUAAAAUAGUUAAGUUUAAUUGGUAAUAUAUUUGAAUUGGAUGAAGAUGAAAAUUAAACUACUCCUAAAGAAGAAGCUGAAUAUGUUGAAAUGAGAAAUCAUAUUUUUAACUUAAUGCCUAAUUUAAUCUAUUUAGAUUGUAUAGAAAGAUCAAAGUUAAUUUAAGAUGAAAAGUUCUUUAAUAAUUAUAAUGAAGAAAAUGAAUAUCUAUCCUUAUAUGUCAGUAAAUCAGUAACCUAAUAUGAAACAAGUAGAAGUCAGAGUAUGAUAUCAGUUAAAAAAAAUAAUGGUUUUGCAAAAAUAAAGGAAGAAAAUUCCAUUUAAUAACAGCAUGAUGAGAAAUAGUAAUCAACUAGACAAUUAAGACAAUAAAAAAGAAAGAUGUAUGUUUAUGAUUGA